AUGGAAGCAGUCAGUGGAGCAAGGCAAGGCAGCCCGCCGAGCGCAUCAUCCGCCACAGAGCGUAGUAAGCCUUUUGACGAAAAACUGGUUGCAGAAGUGUCGUCCGACGACUUUUGCCGAAUAUGUUUGCUAAAAUCCUCCCAGCUCAAACCCCUGAUGGAACGUGUGGAUGGGGUUAUGAUACCGGAAAUGCUGUACAAGCUGUGCGGUCGCCAGAUUGAGGUCCAGGAAGGUUACCCGCGCAGCAUCUGUGAACGGUGCUUCUGCAAGCUAGAUUGUGCGUUCCGGUUUCUGAGCGAGUUUCAAAAGCAGGACGAACGUUUGCGCAGCUUUUACUGGAGCGGUUCCGUAUCGGAAAGGCUGUAUGAGUAUCAGACGGAGGGUAAUGCAACUGCUCGCAAGCGAAUGGAUGAGCUGACCAACCGGCACAAGCAUCUUUUCACACAACCCGCAAAGGAGAUGUGCCACAAGGAGACCAACACGGUGAAACCGCGACAGCCCAAAAUGGUGGAUGCUGGUACGGUUACGGAUAAGGAGAUGCUUAAUCUUCAACUUGUGAAAACGGAAGAAGAGUCGGAAAAUGAUAUGUUGCUGGAACAUUACGUUAUGGAGGAUGACAACGAGGUAACGUACCUCGACUACAACAGCAUGGAUAGCGAUGGAUCAACGCUGAAGGACGAGCAGAUGGUGGAGAUGAAGAUAGAUGUGAUCCAGUCGGCGGACGAAGCAGAAUCGUACAGCGAUGAAAAGCCUACUAGGUCGAAAGUUUCCAAAGUCGCACGGAGUCAGCCGCAACCUGAGCGGCGCAAAAUGACGCGGGUUAAGUUAGCUUCAUUCGAUACGAUUGAUGAAAGCAUGCAGACUGAUACAGAUGAUCAGACAUCGGAACAGUUAAUAUAUUACGAGGACAGUGCGACCGAGGUGGAGGAAGAGGAGGAAGUGUUCGAUCCUCUCCACUGUUACAUUUGCGACGCAAACGAACAAUCGGAAGAGCUGCUGGAGAAUCAUCUCGAUCUGCACAGCACGAUGCUCCCGUACGAGUGUAAGUCAUGCGUUGCGCACAAUUUGACAGGGCGUACGAUCAAAACGGUUUCCUCGCUGCACAACCACUUUCGCUCGCACCAUUACCCCUACUGGUGCGACAUCUGUGGCAAGCGGUUCCUGCGCAAAGUGCAGCUAUCAAAGCACAAGGAAAACCACACCAACAGUGUGUUCGUGUGUGACGAAUGUGGCCGUGGAUUUACACAUAAAAAAACGUGGCAAAAUCAUCUCAAGCGCCAUAAAGCGCUUCGGGCGGAGAUCUAUAAAUGCACCACGUGCAGUAAGGUGUUUGGCAGCAAGGCACGAUUGGAACGGCACGUGCGCCUGCAUACGGGCGAUCGGCCAUAUCAGUGUAAAAUGUGCAACAAAUCGUUCGCCUUCCUGAACCAGUUCCAGACCCACAUGAAGCUGCACACGGGCGAGAAACCGUUCCAGUGCGAAAUCUGUGGUCGCAGCUUCCGGCGCGGGUUUAGCUACAAGGAGCAUAUGGAGAUGCACACGUCCGAAGCGAACUACAACUGUCCGACGUGUAACAAAAGCUUCAAGCGGCCCCGGUAUCUGCAGGCGCACAUGCUUACGCACACGGCGGAGCGUAAGUUUUCGUGUGAGAUGUGUGGUAACAGCUACAAGACGAAUGGGGAGCUGAAGAAGCACAACAAAAACAAGCACGGGCUCGACAUUUUGGAGCAGGAUGUGGUCAUCGAAACAGAGGAACAAUCGUUCAUUGUGGAGUACGUAAACUAA